ACGAGCCAAUCAGCGAUGGGGGGGCUGUACGAUCUGUCCAAUCAGGUGGGCCCAUCAAGAGUGAGAUUUCCGGUGUCAUGGCGCCCAAGCGAGUGUACCGAGCGGGGUGCUGAGAGCUCCCGGCGGGUAAGACCGCCUUCUGUGACUGCUGCUGGCUGCAGGCUGCAUGGGAAGGACUCCGGGACCGGGAGCCACGCGAUGGAGGCAGUGACCUUCGAGGAUGUGGCCAUGAACUUCACCAGGGAGGAGUGGGCUUUGCUGGAUCCAUCCCAAAAGAAGCUCUACAGAGAUGUGAUGUGGGAAACCCUUAGGAACCUGGCUGCCAUCGGAAGAAGCUCAGGUGACCAGCAAAUUGAAGAUGAGUACAAAACUUGCAGGAAAAGUCGAAGAAGUGUAGAGGGAGAGAAAUCCUGUCAGUGUAAAUUAUGGUACCAGCAUGGAGAAAUGGUUGAUUGGACUCCAGAUACUAAUGUGCACAUGAAAGUUGGUAUGAAUCCAGGUGAAAGCCUUUUCUCUAGAAGGCGCAUGAUUGGUCAUUCCUCAGCAGAUGGGCUCAUCAUAGCUGAUUCUGGACUCAAAUCAUAUGUGCAGCAGGGAUUUCAAGAGAAGCUCUCUAACUGUAACACACAUGGGAAAACCUGCACAAAGCUCCAGUGCUUUCAGAAACAUCCAAAGACAAGUCUUGCGGAGAAAUCCCAUGAAUAUAUACUAUGUGGAAGAGCCUUCUCUGAUUGCACUGAAGAAAGUACCAUUGAAGAGAAGCCAUUUAUAUAUAAACAAGAUGUGAAAUCAUUCAUUGAACUGAAUGAUAUUCCAAUCAGGGAAGAAAGUCACAGUGUAGUGAAUACAUACCCAUGUAUACCAUGCGGGAAAAGUUUUAAUUCCCACCAUGAUAUUCAGACACACGACAAAGGUCAUAGUGGAGAAAAAACCUGUGUAGAUAAAUACUGUGGAAAUUUCUUCACUAACAAUGAUUUAUUUGAUGAUCAUGAAAGAACUCACAUUGGGGAGAAAUGCUAUGUAUGUAAGCAGUGUGGGAAAGCUUUCAGCAGACAUGCUUAUUGUCAAACCCAUGAACGGAGGCACACUGGGGAGAAACCCUAUAUAUGUAAGGUAUGUGGGAAAGCUUUCAGCACUAAUGGUGUUUGUCAAAGACAUCAACAAACUCACACUGGGAAGAAGCCCUAUGUAUGUAAGCAUUGUGGGAAAGCUUUCAGCACUCAUGCACAUUGUCAAAUACAUGAACGGACUCACACUGGGGAGAAACCCUAUGUAUGUAGGCAAUGUGGGAAAGCUUUCAGCACAGGUGGAGAUUGUCAAAGACAUGAGCGGACUCACACAGGAGAGAAGCCCUAUGUAUGUAAACAGUGUGGGAAGGCUUUCAGCACACACGCUCAUUGCCAAACACAUGAACGCACUCACACUGGGGAGAAACCCUAUGUAUGUAAGCAAUGUGGAAAAGCUUUCAGCACACAGAGUUAUUGUCAAACACAUGAACGGACUCACAGUGGAGAGAAACCAUAUAUAUGUAAGCAAUGUGGGAAAGCUUUCAGCACACAUAGUUAUUGUCAAAUACAUGAACAGACUCACACUGGGGAAAAACCCUACAUAUGUAAGCAAUGUGGGAAGGCUUUCAGCACACACAGAUAUUGUCAAAUACAUGUACGAACUCAUACUGGGGAAAAACCAUAUGUAUGUAAACAAUGUGGGAAAGCCUUUAGCACACACAAAGAUUGUCAAAUCCAUGUACGAACUCACACUGGGGAGAAACCCUAUGUAUGUAAGCAAUGUGGGAAAGCAUUCAGUACAUGCAGUUCUCAUAAAACUCAUGAAAGAACUCACACUGGGGAGAAACCCUAUGUAUGUAAGCAAUGUGGGAAAGCAUUCAACAGGAAAGCUAGUUGGCGAAUACAUGAACGGACUCACACUGGGGAGAAACCCUAUGUAUGUAAGCAAUGUGGAAAAGCUUUCAGCGAGCAUAGAAAUUGCCAAAGACAUAUACGAACUCACACUGGUGACAAACCAUAUGUAUGUAAACAAUGUGGAAAAGCUUUCAGCAGACACAGUUAUUGUCAAGCACAUGAAAGGACGCACACUAGGGGGAAACCCUAUGUGUGUAAGCAAUGUGGGAAAGCAUUCAGUAGACAAUAUACUUGUCAGCUACAUGAAAGAAGUCACAGUGUGGAAAAACCCUAUGCAUGUAAGCAGUGUGGGAAAGCUUUCAGCACACUUAGUGUUCAUCAGAAACAUGAAUGGACUCACACUGGGGAGAAACCCUAUGUUUGUAAGCAAUGUGGGAAAGCUUUCAGAACACACAGAAUUUGCCAAGCACAUGAAAGGACUCACAGUGGGGAAAAGCCCUAUGUAUGUCAGCAAUGUGGGAAAGCUUUCAGCAGACAAGAUAAUUGUCAACGACAUGAAAGAAGUCAUACUGGGGAGAAACCCUAUGUAUGUGCAAUGUGGCAAAGCAUUUAGCACACACAGUUAUUGUCAAACACAUGAGCGGACUCACACUGGAGAGAAACCCUAUGUAUGUAAGCAAUGUGGGAAGGCUUUCAGCACUCACAGAAAUUGUCAAAGACAUGUACGAACUCACAGUGGGGAGAAAUCCUAUGUAUGCAAUGUGGGAAAGCUUUCAGCACACACCUUGUCAAACCCAUGAACGGACU